GUUAGGAAAAUACACCAAGGGAACGUGACCGCUCUUAGCCAAUCGGAUUAUGUCAUUUUUGUAGGAAGUGAGUUAUUGGGACAUUACCGAAUCAACAGAUCGGAAAACCCGAAAACAUUAUAUUCCUGUUGAACACUGCUUGGCAUAAGAAAACAAGUCAAAAUACUAUUGGGUUGUCUUACUGGGAAACUCCGCGCAGAAGAUGGACGACGAGCUCGAGCGUAUUGAAUGUUUGCAAUCGCUGCAAGGUGUGUUUCCAAAUUCUCUUACGGAUGUGAUAUGGCGUGACUUCCGUGCCUUUCAAGUGAUAUGGCGUGACUUCCGUGCCUUUCAAGACAAAAUACAGUCCCGGAAUGGGGUGGCGCAUUACAGACAGGAAACUUCGACCCCAAGCACACUUGGGAUCAGCACAAUAAAGCCAAAGUUUCCUCACUAUGCACAGAUUUCCAAGAGGUUUGAGUCUUUCGAAGAGGCAGCGAACCCCUGGCCGAAGCAUUCCCCUGUUAAGAUCGAGGACCUAGUUGAGGCAGGAUUGGUGUACACAGGCGUUGGUGACAGUGUUCGAUGUUACUACUGCGGUGGUGGCUUGCGAGGUUGGGAGGAUGGAGACAGCCCUAUGGAAGAACACGCCAAAUGGUACCCAAACUGCCAGCACGUCCUCAUAGCCAAGGGGAAGCAAUUUAUUCAACAGAUUGGAUCUGGACAAAGACCAGAGACUGACGGACAAAUCCAGAAUCAGCGGCCCGCGGUUCAAAAGAAAGAUCCAUUUGAAAAAGAUAAGAUCAUUAUUCAAACGUUAAAAGAGUUUGACUUUUCUGAAGACCAAUCAAAACAAGCCAUACAGUUGUAUAUGCUCAAAAAUGGAGGUAAGAAGAAUUACGAGGCGGAAAAUUUGAUGGUUAUUCUUUGGGAGGUCGCGGACCGUAUGACUGUGGAUGAUGAGCCUGAAGAUGAAGAGGAGGAACGUUGGUGGAAAGAAUGGUAUAGUCAUCAAGAUCGUCUUAAAGCGGAAAAGCGUCGUCAAAGAGAAUUGUCGGAGUUUCGCCGAGAAGAGAAGAAUCGUCUGCAAAGAGAGGAGGAACGUUGGAGGAAAGAAUGGAAUCGUCAUCAAGGUCGUCUUAAAAAAGCGGACAAACGUCGUCAAAGAGAGAAGAAGCGUCUGCAAAGAGGGGGAGAUUGCCUUCGAGAUGAAGUCAGGUGUUAUCCGGCAGGAAACAAUACACCGUGUGAAAGGUCUGAAUCACGUUUCGGGAUCAAUGGCAGUUCCGAGAGCGAUUCAGGCGGUCCGCUUGUAACGCCCUGGACGAGACCUGCACCUCCUUCCCAUGACCGGGGAGAUUUUCUGCGAGAUGAAGUCAGGUGUAAUCCGGCAGGAAACAAUACACCGUGUGAAAGGUCUGAAUCACGUUUCGGGAUCAAUGGCAGUUCCGAGAGCGAUUCAGGCGGUCCGCGUGCAACGUACUGGACGAGACCUGAGUUUCAUUUCCAUGACAGGGGGUGUCUGCGAAAUGAGGUCUUGCGAAAUCCUGCAGAAAACUAUACACCGUGUAAAAGGUCUGAAUCACGUUUCGGGAUAAAUGGCUUAUCCGAGAGCGAUUCAGGCGGUCCAGGUGCAACGCUCUUGAAGAGACCUGAACAUCCUCCACAUGGCAGGGAAGAUUGUCUGCGAGAUGAGGUCAAGUGUUAUCCGUCAGGAAACAAUAUACCCUGCGAAAGGUUUGAAUCACGUUUCGGGAUCACUAGCAGUUCCAAAAGCGAUUCAGGCGGUCGUCUUGCAACGCCCUGGACGAGACCUGAACCUCCUUUCCAUGACAUUUCUGCGGAUGAAACAUCGGAACAAACGCAUGUCAAGCAGCCUCUCUCCACCUCAUGGUGUGCAAACAACGAUCGUGCGCAACGUCCAACGACUGCUCAAAUAAGUCACGUUUGCGACUUGAGCGGUGAUACCAAUUUAGGACGUCAAGCUGAAAUUCGGGACAUAGUUAAUGUCCAAGUCGCUACACCUGCUAAUAGGCCGGAACAUGAAGGUGCCUGAGAUAGAUGCUCAUUACACCAGGCUAUUCCACUGAAUCAUGACCUGCCCUCACCAGCAUUAACACCUGAACGUGAAUUACAACCGCCACUGACACACAACGAAGUGGUUACACUUUUGGAACAAUUUCAUCACAAAACUGGGUUGAGCGUUACGUUGCCCAUUAUAUAGCCUGGUAUAUUAAGUAUCUAUCUGAAGCAGCUUUAUGUUCGUACAUAAUUUGUAACCCGAACAAUUAAAAAAUUACUACCAGUUUAUCUUGCAAUGAAUGUGCCAUGUAUGGAAAUAUAAUUGUAAUAACUGAGCAAACUACUACACUAACACUGAUUAAAUACCAUAUUUAAAGAAGAUUCUAUCGAAUAAGGUUUUAUAACAAAGUUAAAGUGUAAUGUAUAUGGCACCUCGUCUGUUAUGGGCCCCGUUUACACUUCCAUGCAUACAUACACAUCGAUACGUUUUGUAUUAGUACACAGACUUAAUGUGUAAGUCUUAAGAACAAACAUAGUUAAAUAAAAUGUACACGUGGAAGUCGUAAACGGAAUGUAUCGCAGACUUUUAUCAUGUUCCGGUCUAUUGCAGUGUAACUUUUAUCAUGUUCCGGUCUAUUGCAGUGUAACUUUUAUCAUGUUCCGGUCUAUUGCAGUGUAACUUUUAUCAUGUUCCGGUCUAUUGCAGUGUAACUUUUAUCAUGUUCCGGUCUAUUGCAGUGUAACUUUUAUCAUGUUCCGGUCUAUUGCAGUGUAACUUUUAUCAUGUUCCGGUCUAUUGCAGUGUAUAUAACGGUGGAUGAUGUGUAAGGCGUAAACGUUAAAAUGUUUGUCGACCCUAUUUGUUUCAGUCUUACAAGUUAAUCUAAAUUCACUAAAAUAACUAUUAAGUUUAUGAUCAUUUUAGCCACAUUACAUCAAAUUUGCUUAAAGCGAGAUUAUACGAUUUUUAAUAUGUGUUAAAUUGUAAUAAAUUGAUAAAAUAUGUUACAAUAGCAUAAAAUAGGCAAGACAAAAUAUACAUUGAAGACGAAUUUCUUAAAAUGCAUCAAAGAGAAAAUUAGCGUCCCGAGCCGAUUGUGAAGAAUAUAUUUCGUACAUAUUUUCUUACAAUAACCGAAGCAUACGUCUUUUUAGUUAGUGUUCGUGUGUCGUAUGAAUAGAUAUUGUUUCAGGAAUUUAAAAUGAACCGUUAAACUAAAUUUAGAUUCACAUCGUACAUGUAUGAUUUACAGGCUGGCGAAUUCGACUGUACAGACAUUUUCGAUUUAGGAAUUAAAUAUCUGGCUUAUUUAGCAUUUUUCGACGCAUGUUCUUCUUAACAUUUAUUUUAAUUUAUAUUGAAAUAUAUGUUAAAUACGUUUUUUAUACGUUUUACAUAAAUUAUUAAAUAUUUGACAAAAUCGUAUAAUCUCGCUUUAAUAAACUUUAAGUUAAAUUAAAUAAGUUUUAGCAAGAAUGUUGAAUUAGACUUUGACAGAUUUAUACGAUGUUAGUGGAAACAAAAUACUGUAUAAUGUCAGAUCCUUAAUAUAUUAAAUAACAGCUGUUAAAGCCGUUGCGAUACCCGUGAAAAUAUGUAAGACAAUUCUUAAAUAAAUGUAGAACAGUGAUAUAUUUAUUAACUAUGGUAUAUCGACACUAACGAACAAUCAACGGCGUAAAAUGAAGAGGUUUAGGUAGAAAAUUGCGUAUUAGUUAUACCAAAUAUAUUGCAAAUGUCAUCGUGAUUUUAAUCAUGUAUGCUUGUUUCGAAUAACAAUUUUCAAACUUGAAAUACCACCCCGAAUUUGACUUUGAUGACGCACUAAUUUUAGUUUCGAUAUAUUUGAUAAAUAUUCUUGUUUAUAAAAAAGGCAAUAAUUUUGGAAUCAAUUUAGAACAAAAUUUAUCGGUACGUUUACCCACUAAAAUUACACAGGAUAAGCCAUUUUCCGACUAACGCAUGUGUGAAUCACACAACAUAUCAUUAUUUAUUUGACCCGUAUUUCAAUACAAUUAAUAUUAAAAACACUCCUCAGUUAAUUGACCCUAUCAAAAGGUUUUGUUUCUGAACAUCAACGUUGAUAUAUAAAUAACCGUCGAUAUACCGUAGACAAAAUAUGUGUAACGUUUCCUGUUUUAAUGAUUUUAUGAAAUCGAAUUAGAGCUCAAUUAAACUUUAAUAAACAAUAACAUGUAAUACAAGUACAAACGUUA